AUGUUUCCUUCCCAGCAGGUACUGCUGGUGCUGCAACAGCCAAUCGGAGUUCUGGGGAUGCGGCAGCGGCUGUGUGAGAUGCUGGUGAAGCAGAGAUGUUUGUUUGAGGGUAGACUUGACCUGAAAACUGGUUCUCCAACAUCACUGGAAGACAAACCAGCCACAGAGGCCGAGGAGCUGCUUUUCCAGGGCAGGGAGAUGGAGGAUUACAACAAGUUUAUUGUAGAUUUACCGAGUGGACUUGGACCAUUGGAUGUGGCAGAAUUUCUACACAAAUAUUAUUCCAGUGGCAUGAAAUUUCUUACCUUGUUCCCUGAUGGCUCUGCUCAGGUCUUUUAUCCCUCAGGCCUCUUGGCUCUCAUUGUUGUGGUCACUGAAGAAAAUGGAAGGGUCUGUGUUGUGUACGAUGACAGCAAUGCCCCCAGUCAACCGAUUAGAGCCGUGUUCCAGUCUGAUGGCAGGGCGACAUGUUACCACAGCAAUGGAAACAUAUGGCUGUCCUUAAACAGAUCCGGCGGUCAGCGCUUGGACGAGGCAGGUGCCAGAGUUCGUCGGUGGAACUGGGGCCUGAGCCUCACUCCCACACCCCUGCACCCUGUCUUUUUGUCCCUCAACAAAACCGUUGGCGUCCGAGUCCUUGGGAAGGAACAAGUGUUUGUUUCCUUCCUUGCACAAGGCCAACAAGCAAAGUUCAGCGUGGGCGCCUGCUCUUCUCAGGGUGGAUCUAAAGCUGAUGGGCCUGCUUCUGGACCAUCAGUAAUAAAGGAGGAGCUCUUAGUGUUGGCAGCCAGGCUUCGGAUCCAUGUGGCCAUUCGGCAUCUUCACCAGUACUUGAUGACGCCCUCCCGUCCCCUGCUGCCCAAGACCGCACAAGCCCCUCACCUCCAUGGUGCUGCUCAAAGGAUUCUGGAAGUCAGUGCUCAUACGAUGAUGAGUGACAGUGAGAGAGCCUUCAUCCUUAAGUGUCUUCAGGACUGUAUCUGA